CUCUCAGCUGUUAAAAACAGAAGGUAAACAAACUGGGGAGGAAGAAAGAGCGCAAGCAGCAGGGACUCCGCGGGCUGGGCUCUCGGGGACUCUUUUGUACCUGUUUCUAUUCAUUUUAUACACUUUGUAUCCGACUGUUUUCCUAAAGCACUUUUACUACUUUGAUAUUCAGGCACCGGAUGUUUUAUUUGAGUUUAAUCUCCCGUAACAUACCGCGAGUCUCGACGGUUCAGCAGAAAUAGAAACAAAAACACACAAACGAGUGAAUCGUCGGAGGAUAUUCAAUGUCAUCGUGAUCCCAAAUCAGAAACAGAAACGCGUCUAGAUUUAUCCAAACGAUGACCGCUGUGCUGAAUAUCCAGAGGUUACUGGAAGCAGCCGAGUACAUAGAGAGGAGAGAAAGAGAGUCUGAACACGGAUAUGCCUCGACCUUUCCGUCUAUUCAGCACUCCAGCUACCAGAGACAGAGGAAACUCCGAAAUAAAAAGUGCAGCAACAAUCUCAACAGGUCCACACACAAUGAGCUAGAGAAAAACCGGCGAGCCCAUCUUCGUUUGUGUCUGGAGCGAUUGAAGGGUCUCAUCCCGCUGGGACCAGAGAGCAGCCGCCACACCACUCUGGGACUGUUAAACAAGGCCAAAGCACACAUAAAGAAACUGGAGGAAGCGGAGCGUAAGUCUCAGUAUCAGUUGGAGAAUUUGGAGCGAGAGCAGCGUCACCUCCAGAGGCGACUAGACCUGCUGCGGGGCGGCGGGGGCGUGCUGGAGGGCGAGAGGAUACACACUGACAGCAUAGGCUCCACCCUCUGCUCUGAGAGAUCCGACCGCUCCGACUCAGACCAAGAAGAGAUGGAGGUGGAUGUGGAGAGCACAGAGUUCUCUCAUGGAGAGCUGGACAGCAUUAGCACAGCCAGCACCAGCGAUCUGGACGACCACAGCAGUCUACAGAGCACUGCCAGCGAUGAGGGCUACUCCUCCUGCAGCAUCAAACUGGCCUUCAGCUCAUAAAACGAGCUCCCCCUUUACACACACACACACACACACACACACACACACACACACACACACACACACACACACACACACUAUCCCAGCCCUCGAAAUGAGUCCUGCCUCCUAGCCAGCUUUCCCUCCUUGACCAAUCAGAGACUCUUAUUUAAGUCAGGUGACCAGAACACCGCCCGCCCUAUAGAACGCCUGAUGUUUUAAGUUUGUGAAUGUAUCUGAGAGAAUAUGAAUGAGAUGGAAACAAUCUGUGAUUGUGAUUUAAUUGGGUUAUUAGAUGUUUAUAUUCCUGAAUAAGAGACUUUUCUGAUAAUUGUCAUUAUCUAAAUCCCCUUUUUCCGAAAGGAAAGCUAAGAUGUAUAAAAAUAGAUGUUUAAUUUUUAAUCCAACCCCCUGAUUGUUAAUUCACUACAUGAAUGGGUCGUGAACUGGUCACUAGUGAAACAUUCAACUAAACCCACCCAAAUUGGAUCACCUGACAUGUGUAACUCCAUAUCAACACAAGAAACCCAAACCUGUUGAUUUCCUUCCCAUCUGAUCUAAUGGUUCUAACGUCGCUGCUCAACGGCGACGAGGACUGUCAUUGGUGCUACGAGAAACAAACCAAUAAAGCAGAAAGAUCUACUGCAUUCAUCAAAGACAACAGAAAAACUACAAUCCCAUGGCUGUGGGAAUUUUUGGUGCAUUUAAACUGUGGAGCUACUUUCCACGCAGCAGCUAAAACCCAGCGAUCUUGCACUCGACCGCAUAGAGCCCUCCGUAGAACUGGCGCCACGUCAGAGAAAUAUCCACCCCCGUGUUCAACUAGAUGUCUGUUCUGGCAGAAAUCAGCAAUAAACUCUUGUAGUCUGAUCAACAAAUUAGCACUCCUACUCCUGAGACACAACGCUUGUGUCAAUCCAAAAGAGCAACGCCAACUUGCUCGUUUUUGUACAUAAAUACGAUAAUUUAAUAAAUUAAAGUUGAAAAAAAAAGCUAGUUACCCAUGGGUAGAAAUUGCCUCUGUUGCUUGUGUUUUGUGCAUUUUAAAUUAUAUUUUUGCAAAGAUCUACUAUCUUCCUCUUGAGAGUCUCUUGCGGUGGCAUGGACAGUAUUAUUUGUUCAUUAUGCUGGAUGAAACCUACGUAGUUUCAAUUCUGUGGCUGCCCGAGGAAUUUGACGACUUUUUAAAAAAACAACAAAAAAAACUAAACAACCAGAAGAAAACCAACACACUGAAGUACUUAAAAUCGGACACACAAGAACGAGUGACCGCAGGCAGUGGUCUGUUAAAGACGUGCUAACUCUGAGUGGCUCUCUUUAUUUAUUCGAUUUCAUGUUCAGAAUUGUAUUUCUUUUAAAGCUGAAAGGCAUUCCACUACUAGUACCGCGCGCUGUGGACGUGGAGUGAGCGGCGCAUGCGCGUCAAAAAAAGGCACGAAGUGCUAAACUCUUCCUUCCCGCUGUAGUAGGCUAUGUUAAACUCAUUCAUUUUUUCUUUUUUUUUUUAUGUGUGUGUGUGUUAAAUGAAGCAUUCAGACUUAAUUAACUUUCCUUAAUUCGUAUUUAUUUUCUCCCCCGAUCCGAAAUCGGAGGAAAGGGUUAACUUAUUUCGCUCGCCAGAUCUUUGAUGGCGUUCCCCUCCCUUUUAGAUUAUUCCCAAAUCUCUUCUAAACCGUAAACUCACUCCGUCUGUGAUUUAUUAUUUGUAUUUUUAUAUUUUCUCCCUGAUUGCAGAGCCGUGUUUUAAAGCCAAGUCUAUUUUGUAAACGCUCCGCCAGCAGAAGAGCAGUCCGGACAUCUGCUAGGUGUCCCGGUCCAGCAUCAACCAAAUGCUUCUGGCUGCUGAAUGGCCCAUAUGUGCGGAGCAGUUGUACUCACCCCUGUUAAAGAGAGUUUUAGUAGUCGGAUGUAAAUUCAUUGCAUUUUGAACAAACUCUUUUGGUCGCGCGGACGAGCGGAGAUAUCACGGAGGCGUUUCACGCGCGUUGAACUGAACUCAGCGGUGCUUUAUCAACACCUGGCCAAACUCUGUUGUCUCCUCACAAAGAGGACACGUUGCUUUUGUCUUUUAUUGUCCCUCCUUUUCAUUCUUAUUGUUUUAUGAAUCUGCACUAUUUAAAGCCGGGGCCCAUACUGAGAUGCCAGUGCUUUUUCGUUUUGUUUAAUAUUUUGAAGAGAAUGGACCGUGUCCUGUUGAGGCCACUUAGCGAUCCAGGCCUGGAUUCAAGGACCCUCCAAGAGAAGUGGUGCUGGUCUGGGAUCAGCGCUCCCGUGUUCUCUGUCAGUCGCUCCGGAGGAAAACAAAAAUGCCGAACAGAUCCUGAAACGGCAUCUGUGUUAUAUCAAGAGACUCGGGGAAAUAAAGGGUCUGUUAAAGGCGAAGCUUUUCCAGCCGGAAGGAACAGAGGUCCCGAUGAACUUGUGGCCAUUCUUUGUAAACAUGCAUUCUGAUUCUAGCUGUGAGUUAAAAUGCAAUACUUACAAUAAACACCAAGAUUGUCAAAAAUUUUCA